CCUCAAAAUGGCGACUGCUACAAAUCGUGUAGACGAGCUUGUCAAAGAUUAUUUAUUAUUCCGUGGUUUGACAACAACCCUGAAGACUUUAGAAGUAGAACUAAAAACGGAUAAAGAAAAGGGGCUUCGAGCUGACAAAAUAGUUGAACAAGUACAGUAUUAUAUCACCAAUAGUGAUCUCCAUGGAUUGAGAGAAUACUGGUCCUUUUUAAAUCAACGAUUAUUCCAACGAUUAGAACAACAGUUUAUGUCUAGUGUUCGUAAACUGGAGGUGGGCCUACAGAAACUUUAUAUUGUUGCAGCUUUUCAAAAUAACAGGCCAGACAGAGUACAUGAAUUUUUUGAUAAACUGGUCCAAGUAUCAGACAUACAGAAUCAACUAGAAUUCAAAGAAUGGUUUGCCUUUCCAUUCAUGAAGAACCCAGAAGAAAAUACAAUGUUUCAGAUGUAUUUUAAUAAAGCCUGGCAAGAUACACUCUUCCUUUCAUUACAUAACUUUCUUAGUGUUAUACUUCAAGCUAUGCCAGCUCCAACAUUGUUGAAUUUUGAAUAUGAUCAUAAACGAAUGAAGUUUCUACAAGAAGAAAAUAAUAUUCUGAAGGAAAAGUUGCGUAUAGUGAGUGAAUCUGGUAAUUUAGAUCAGAACAAGAAGAAAGAACAAGAUUGUAAUUCAGCUAAUGAAUCUUUAACGUUAGAUUUCUCAGCUUUAUCAGAUGAAAAUUCCAGCUCUAACAUUCAAGAGAAGCAGAAAUCUGGUAGACGUCUUCCAUUUAAUUUAUCGUCAUCUAUAUUAAGUAAAAAGAAAUCAGAUCCACAACUGCAGAAGGUUGAACCGAAAGUUGUCCGAAGUAAACCUAGUAAAAUUCCUCCACAAACGGCACCAGUAACAACCAGUAAAAAACUAUUAUCAACUACAUCUCGGCAACAAUCAGUAGGCUCAGUCAUGUCAACAUCUAUUCCAUCAAAUGAAGUAAACAUUACUACACCUAGACAUAAAUCACACUCUGAUUAUCAAAAACAAAGAAAGGAAUUAUUAGGUACAGAGAGAAAACCAUCAACAAUUGAAAAGUCACAGAGAGUUUCAGACACAGAAUCUAGCUCUGGUUCUUCAACACCUAAGAAAUCUGUACCAGUGUCAUCAGAAUACAGUCUAAGACCUGAUACAGCAACUAGUGGUAUUGAUGUAGGUAAAAGUUCACCUAUUGAUGUAACAGCACGACAACCUUCUCCAGCUAUUCCUGAUGGCGAAUGUCCAUUUCUACUAAUGAGCCAAGAAGAGUAUGCAGAACAUCAUUCAGCUAUAUCUUAUUGUCGAUUUUCUAACACUGGACAGUAUGUGUCUAGUUUAGAUGUAGAUGGUGUUGUCAAAAUAUGGACAUGGAGUCCUCAACCAUCAACUAUUACAACUGUCAUGGCCAGAUCAGCAUUUUUAUCCUUAGAAUGGGCUAGCAAGUCAGAUAAAUAUUUAUUAUUAGGGAAUAGAACUGGUUGUAUCAGACUUUUUGAUGUUAAAGAAAAUAAAACAUUAAAAGAAGUUGUUGUUGAUACAGGAUAUCCACGAAUUAAUAACAUAACAUUAAAUCCAGCUGGAGUGAGUUUUGUUUGUUCUGCAGCAGCUCAAAGAGUACACAGUCCAUCGAGUAUCACAGAUACUAGUUCUAGUACUAAACCUGGUAAAUUAUUAUUAUGGGAUGUCAAGACAAUGAAAUGUGAGAAACAGUUAAUUUUUGAGCCUGGUCCAGUGUCAAUUAAUUGUUCAUCAUAUAAUCAUAAUGGUCAGUUAUUAAUAACAGGUGCAGCUGAUGGUGUUAUUAGAUUAUUUGAUAUACCACAGGGUACAUGUAUAUCUCAGUGGGAAGGUCAUACAGGUGAAGUUAAUAGUGUACAGUUUAGUUCUGAUGAAACAGCUUGUUAUAGUCUGGGAACUGAUGGAAAGUUUAUUAAGUGGAGUAUACAUAAUACUGGUUCAAAGUUAGAAGAAUUACCUAUACAUCAAGGGGCAUCACUCCCAUUCCUAGCAACCAGUCCAACUGGUAAUAAAGAGUUACCAAGGGGAAGAUUAUUUAAUUUUGAUUCAGAAGGACAGUAUAUAUUAACAUGUGAUAAAAAUAAAGGAGUUAUUUACCAGCUGUGUGGUGAGUCUGGUAUAAGAAAGACUAUGGAGUUGAAAGGUCACAAGAGUUUAAUAACAACAGUUGAUUGGUCGCCAUCUGUUAAUACCAGGGUAGCGCUUGCUGGGGCUAUGGAUGGAAAAAUCAAAGUUUCUACUCUUUUACCACAAUAACAUAGGCUGUAACAGAGGAUUAAUUUUGAUUACAGAAAGUAAUCAGUGUAUUCAUAUUGAACAGUGUUAUUUUGAAUUUUAAAAAUGAAUUUAAGAACUGUGUGAGAAGAAAUUUUACACUGUGAGGGAUAACAUGACUCUAGUUAAAUUAGAAUUAAAUAAGUUGCUCAGAUAUGUCCAUAAUGGUGUCCAUUAUAGUUUCAGGUUUCAAAACUUUGAAAUAGACAGUAAAUUUGACUUUAAAGGAAAAGUAGAUAACUUAUAGUUUCUCCCACUUAGCAAUUAAGUUUUUACUUGAUAAAAUUAAACAAUAGAGAAUUCUAGUCGAAACAUGGCUCAGUUAUAAGCAGUAAAUGUAAUCCAUAGAAUUGGGACCAAUGUAUUUCCAGUUCAUUACUAAAUGGCAAUGAAGCAAUUGAAGUUUUUACUGAAUGAAAGGCUGUAAUACUAUUCACAGUUCAUUUUCUCUAACAGAACAAAUCGUAGACUGGGACAAAAAAUUUAUAACUACAUAAACUUAAUACUUAUGACAUCAGUGAAUAGAUUAAAUGUUAGAAUUAAAGAGACAUUCAUAUAUGUAUUAGCUUAUUAAUAAAUUAUAGUUGAGUAGAUGAAUAUGUAUUAUAUUUAAUAUUACAUGUUUAUUAAACCAAAGAUAUUUUCUAUUCAUAAUGUGAAUGCUAAUCAUUUAUAAUACAUUUUGUAUGUUAUUUAUAUAUUCUUAAUUAAAGAUGCAUCAUAUAAGAUUUAGAUAAAGAGCUGACAGUCCUCUCUACAAAAGUUAAAAAAAAAUAAUGAAAAUUUAAUAUAUUGAAAAUUUCUGUCAAAUUACUUUACUCUGAGCAAAUUUAUACAUGGCUUUUUGAAGAUAAGUAUAGUCCUGAUUGUCAUUGCUACCAUUUUUAUGAUGAUUUAAGUUAACUUAUUAACUGCUGAGUGUGUUUAAAUCUGUUGGAAAUCAUAUCCAUCUCAGUGUCUUGAGAGUAAAUUAUGGGCUUAGUAUGUGAAUAAAUGUCUGAUUAAUGAUUUAAAAAAAACAUUUGAGACCAAACAAAAGAUCUGCAUUAGGCUGAUUUAGCUCUUACAUAAUGCAUCUUUAAUUGUAAAACCUAAUCAUCUCAACCUUUAACCACAUCUGCAUAUUAAUUUUCAGGUGAUCAAUAGUCAGAGUAAUUGUUUUUUUGUUUAAGAAUAUUGAUAUUAUGUAGUUUGAAUGGGUUAAUUAUUGUUCUAUAGUAUGGGAUGGAUUGGAGCUUAAUAUCUGGUGAAGCUUUACUGCCUACUCUUCAAUUUCCAAAUGUCAAGUGUUCUUAUACUUGUAUGGGGUUGGGUGGUUGAAUGGUUAACACAUGCGAGUUGAAUCAUAAGGUCUGUCAUUCUGUUAAGUGGAGUGGUUUCGAUUCCCCACUUGUACAUGACAAGGAGAAGGUUCGCCUGUCCAUCUUCUUGGGUUCUCUCUGGCUCCUCCCACUGCCAAAGACCCCUACGCUCAAGCAAAUUAUUGAAAAAAAAUUUAACCAUAUGUUAAUCCCAAAAUGACAUAGUUUGUGUCAAGUGGACUUUAAACCCCAUUUCUCUCUCUUUUUGAUCAGCCCUGAAAACUGAAGACUGGGCUUAAAAAAUCCUAAAAGUUUGAACCAGGAGUUCUGGCUGGGAAUAUAGUGACCUGACUGUGCUCAACUGCAUGACCCCCUCUCUGUUCAAUAGGGACAGAUCUUAGUGAAAUCAUGGGAUGGCGAAAAUAUGUCCAGGUAAUAUACACUCUGACUGUAAUUCAUCCACAAUCAACUACUGUUAAAUGUUAUGUAUAUGUGUGAAAGAUUGUAUAUUGUUAGCUUUGUAUUUGUGUGGAAAUGUGCAAUAAUUGUGUCUUGUGACUAAUUGUUAAGAAUAAACCUAUAAAUAAGACCAA